UGGUGGCCCGGCCAGGCUUCUGCAUCACUUCCGGCCUUACUGACGUAUAAAAGGAGCAGAAUUUCCGCUUUCGCUCUUUUCCGGCGGUGAAGAUCUCCACGCGCCAAUAUGCCUCUCGCGAAAGAUCUCUUGCACCCCUCUCCCGAGGAGGAGAAGCGGAAACACAAGAAGAAGCGCCUGGUGCAGAGUCCCAACUCAUAUUUCAUGGACGUAAAGUGCCCGGGAUGCUAUAAAAUCACCACUGUCUUCAGCCACGCACAAACAGUGGUUCUCUGUGUCGGAUGCUCCACUGUCCUCUGUCAGCCUACUGGAGGAAAGGCAAGACUUACAGAAGGAUGCUCCUUCAGACGGAAGCAGCACUAAUGACUGAUUCGGGAUGAAUGAGAAAUUGUAAAAAAUAAAACAAUUUUGAUAACAA